CCAUUAGGAGACAAACCUACUGUGCUUCGUGCUUCUCAAACUCUCAAACCAGCCGGAGUCCUUACCAUGAGUGGGUGCCCAUUUUUAGGAAACAUCGGGUAUUCUUUUAAAAAACCAUCUGUAGAAGGCAGCGAAGAAGACAAAUCACAAACUGGUGUGAAUAGAGCCAGCAAAGGAGGACUUAUCUAUGGGAACUACCUGCAUUUGGAAAAAGUUUUGAAUGCACAAGAACUUCAAAGUGAAAUAAAAGGAAAUAAAAUCCAUGAUGAACAUCUUUUUAUCAUAACUCAUCAAACUUAUGAACUCUGGUUUAAGCAAAUCCUCUGGGAAUUAGAUUCUGUUCGAGAGAUCUUUCAGAAUGGCCAUGUCAGGGAUGAAAGGAAUAUGCUUAAGGUUGUUACUCGGAUGCACCGGGUGUCAGUGAUUCUUAAAUUACUAGUGCAGCAGUUUUCCAUUCUGGAAACAAUGACGGCCUUGGACUUCAAUGACUUCAGAGAGUACUUAUCUCCAGCAUCAGGCUUCCAGAGUUUGCAGUUCCGUCUAUUAGAAAACAAGAUAGGUGUGCUUCAGAAUUUGAGAGUCCCUUACAACAGAAGACAUUAUCGUGACAACUUCAAAGGAGAAGAUAAUGAACUGCUACUUAAGUCUGAGCAAGAAAAAUCACUUCUACAACUAGUGGAGGCAUGGCUGGAAAGAACACCAGGUUUAGAGGCACAUGGAUUUAACUUUUGGGGAAAGUUUGAAAAAAAUAUUGUAAAAGGCCUGGAAGAGGAAUUCAUAAGGAUUCAGGCUAAGGAAGAGUCAGAGGAAAAAGAGGAACUAAUGGCUGAAUUUCAAAAACAGAAGGAGGUGUUACUGUCCUUGUUUGAUGAGAAACGUCAUGAACAUCUACUUAGUAAAGGUGAAGGACGACUGUCUUACAGAGGACUUCAGGGGGCAUUGAUGAUAUAUUUUUACAGGGAAGAGCCUAGAUUCCAGGUCCCUUUUCAGUUGCUGACUUCUCUUAUGGACAUAGACACACUCAUGACCAAAUGGAGAUAUAACCACGUGUGCAUGGUGCACAGAAUGCUGGGCAGCAAAGCUGGCACUGGGGGGUCCUCAGGCUAUCAGUACCUGCGCUCCACCAUGAGUGACAGGUACAAGGUAUUUGUAGAUUUAUUUAAUCUUUCAACGUAUCUGGUUCCACGACACUGGAUACCGAAGAUGAACCCAGUCAUUCAUAAAUUCCUUUACACGGCUGAAUACUGUGACAGCUCUUACUUCAGCAGUGAUGAAUCAGAUUAAAAUCACCUGCAAAAUCUAUGAAUAUCAUUGAUUUCUCAGUGUAUAUCUUUUCUAUGAUUUUCAUGAAUACACAGUCUUAAUAUAUAUAUGUAUAUACAUAGUUAAGUAUUGUUGUGCUUUGAUUCUGUCCUGGAAGUGAUGUUUUUACGUCAUUUGUUAUAAGAUUAAGCAGUAAAAUCAGAAAUAGUUCAGUUGAACUGUAACAUUGUACAUGUUGUUUUCCUAUUAAUUAUUCAAUUUCCCCUAAUGCUUAUCGUAAUGUAACCACUUAAUGUAACUAUCUUAUUGUUUCAGAUUCUAUAAGCUUGUAAAUGUCAGCUAUUUCAAAUACUUUAUACUAUAAAAUGUCAUUCUGUUCAAAAGCUUCUAUUCAAUCAAGAAAAGUA